AUCUAAGAAACCAGAUUACCCGCAGUCUUCCUCGCUUCUCUCCUCAUCUCUGUCGUCAAUUCCCUUCUACACUAUCAAUUGCCCCGCGCGUCUCUAGAAAAAUGUCUGAUAUUGUCCACGUCUUUGCAAACGAUGCUUGCCCGCCUGCGGGCCCCUAUUCUCACGCUAUCAAAGCGAACGGACAAGUGUUUCUCUCAGGUGCGAUCCCAGCAGAUGAGAACGGGAAGCUCAUCGAAGGCUCGGUUGGAGAGAAAACUGCUCUCUGCUGCAAGAAUAUUGCUGCCGUGCUGGCCGCGGCUGGAACGACCGUGAGUCGGGUGGUAAAAGUUAACGUCUUCCUUACAGAUAUGAAAGAUUUCGCCGAGAUGAACGCCGAAUAUGAGAAGUUCUUCACGCAUAAACCUGCUCGCAGCUGCGUUGCGGUCCAUCAGCUUCCAAAGGGCGUCCCGGUCGAGAUCGAGUGUAUUGCUCUACAAUAAACCACAGGAAUCUUCAAGUACCGCAUAUAGUAUACACUGUAUACCUCCCAUCUUCAUUAUGCUAGUGAAGUUGCGCAUGAUGUCUAAUUUCCUAUCAUGGCUUCGUCGAGUAUGAAAAUUAAUAGAUAAAAACUCAAAAUUAAAAACCAAUGUGGGAAGAGAAA